AUGAGCGAUCAUUUUGACCAUUACAAGAGGCCACCGAGCCGGGAUAAUAGUGUGGACCGGUAUAGCCGGGCAGCCAGUCGGCUCAGUGGAGGAUCCAGACAGUCAUCAGUGGAGAAGUCACAGAAUCAGCAGCAGCAGCAGCAGAGAAGAGGAGACGAUCGACUUCCGUCGUCAUCAUCUUCAGCAGCAGAUAAAUCAUUCAAUGGAGCGGCGGGCUUCACUACAGCGUCGGCGGCCGGGGCUAAACAGAACAUCUCGUCAUCGGCCGCCACGCACCGUCAACCACCGCCAUUCGAGGAAAUUAUACUUAGGCAACGGAACCUCGGCCAGGAGAUCGUCCCGUCACCCAUCGGGCAACCCAAGCGCACCGAGUCAUUGUACGUGAAUCCGAAUACCGCGCGCAAAGAGACAAAACCAAAAGUAAGUACUACAUUCAUUCGGCGUACGAGUAGGAGUAAUAGCCUUGAUAGUGAUGAUGGCCAUAACUGUUAUGGCGGUAGUGGUGGUAGUGGUGGAAGUGACCACAUUUACGGUAACCGUCGUGUCCCUGAUAUAAAUAUUAUUCGUAAUUUUGUCAGUAUGCCUUUGCAUGAUGGCCGUGCUAGUGUUGAUAGUGAUGAUCGCGCUAGUUCUGCUGAUUACGCUAUCAGAGAUAUUAGUGGUUUUCGUACAAACGAUAAUACUGGCGAUAGUCGCAUUAUUAGGGGUAUUGAUAAUGGUCGUGCUAUUAUGGGUAGUGUUGAUAGCAGUCCAAUUAGACGUAGUAGUGAUGGUCGCAUCAGUAGAAUAAGUAAUUAUGGCCACGCUUCUAGGGACGGCGGUGAUAGUCGAUCUAGAAGUGGUAGUUCUGAUGAUUACGCUAUUAGGGCUAGUUUUGACGUCCGCGCAAGUAGGAGGAGUGAGGUUGGUCGCUAUAGUCGGGACCGGAGUGAUGGCCGAUCUAGAAGCGGUAGCUCUGAUGAUUACUAUAAUAUGUUGAAUGGGGAAAGCCGCUUUAGUAGGGGAAGAGGCGAUGGCCGACUUAAUAGUAGAUGUUUUGAAGUCCGUUUUAGAAGCAAUAGUGGUGAUAACUAUGCUAGGAGUAAUGUAGAAAGCUACACUAGUGGGGAUAGUAGUGGUACUUGCCCUAGUGGAGAUAAUAGCGGUAUUCGCACUAGUGGCAAUAGAAGUGGUACUCGCCCUAGUGGGGAUAAUAGCUGUAUUCGCCCUAGUAGGGAUAAUAGCUGUAUUCGCCCUAGUAGGGAUAAUAGCUGUAUUCGCCCUAGUGGCGAUAGUAGCGGUACUCGCCCUAGCAGAAGUGGUUUAAGAGUUCGUUUUAGUGAUGAAGUAAGUAGUAGUGAUGAUCACAACUGCAGGGGUGGUGAUUUGGAUAGAGGUCAAGACCAAAUCAGGAGUGGUAGGCACAAUAGUCACUUAAAUUCAGAUAAUUCAAAUCAAAUAAGAACACGUGAUUCUGUAGACAGGGAGACUAGAAAUAUGGAUAACAUCCAAAUUUAUUCACGUGGAAAUUACGGUAAUAAUGCUGACUAUGCUAGCGGUAGUGGUAGUAUUGAUGAAAACGCAGAUAGUGUUAUCCACAAUUUUACCGGAAUUAAUAGUAGAUUUGACGGCUACGGAAAUGGUGGCGUAUGCAGUAGAAGUGAAUCUUACUUUAGUAACGGUAUUCGUGAAGUUAGUGUCAUUCAUAGUAGAAGUAGCGUCCUUGACAUUGAUGACGAUCAUAUUAUUUGUAACAUCUGCGAUAACGGUGGUGCUGAUGGUAAUAUUGGUGCCCAUGGAAAUUAUGGUAAUAAUAACGGCAGACGUGGUAAUAUUAGCAUCCAUAGUAGUAGUGGUGGUGAUAGUGGUCAAGUCAGUGAUUACGAUUAUGGAGGUGAGUACAAUUAUGAACGCGAAUACAAUCGCGGAGGUAGAUACGAUUAUGAAGAUGAUGAGAGUAGCGAAAGCAAUGAUGAAGGUGCUAUAGGUGGCGGAAGAAUACCGAGAUUGUUGCCAUCACGUCCUUCAAAUCAUAAAAUGGUAUGGUUUAAAACCUACUUAAACAAUAACAAACAUAACUUUGUAUUGUACAAACAUUAG